AUGAAAUCACAAUGGUCAAAUCUGCCUUAUCACUUGCUGUCACGAAUAGCUAGAGAGCUAGAACUAAUUGAGUUCUUAAGCUUUCUUCGUGUUUGCAGUGAUUGGCACAUUACUUCUUCAAACAUGUCACUGCAAGACAAAUCUCAUGAAUUUGAUCCUUGGUUUCUUAGUUACGGAAAGGGUUCUCAGUGUUCUCUCUUGAGCAACCGAGAUAAAGUCUAUAGUAUCAACAUUCUAGAACUUGAAGGAGCAACAUGCCUCGCAUCCUACGAUGGAUGGUUGCUUUUGUUUUGCCAAGGUUCAAUGUUCUUCUUUUGUCCUUUUUCAAGAGCAAAAUUAGAGCUUCCAAAUUGUCCUUUCACAGAAUUAAUGAACCAUGUUGUGGCGUUGUCAUCUGCUCCCACUUCUCAAGAUUGCAAUGUUGCUGUGAUUAAUUGCAAUCAUAAGCGUGAUUUGGAACAAUUCAUGCUUUGUAGGGGAGACAACAAAUGGGGUAUGGUUAAUCUUGAACCAUCAUUGCCUAUAAGUCUAAUUCAAGUAAGGAUGACUACUUAA